UUUGGUGCCUGCGAGAAGGAGCUGCCAGCUAACGUUAGCUAGCUAAAAAAAACGGAACGAUUGACAGACAAGAACAGCGAAAGCACCAACAACAAAAAGCUGGUGCGUCAGAAGGGGGAGGCCCAAUUUACCGUUUCGUUUUUGUUUAGCUCAUUAUUAAUUUUGUUUGAAAACAAACCCUACCCCCUCCUCACCCCUAUUAUUUUUUUGUUUGUCCCAUAUACAUUAUUUUGUUUGUGAUACCUCCUCCAGCUUUGGGAGCAGUGAGGGGUCUUCAUGGCUGUUCGAAGAGGCCACAUCAGGUACCUAAAAGAGGUGUAUGACAUGUCCAACGGCUACGAGGAUCACAUGGGAGGAGGAGAUGAGGUGACGGAUGCCAAGACCAACCUGAUAGUCAACUACCUUCCCCAGAGCAUGAGCCAGGACGAGCUACGCAGCCUCUUCAGCAGUAUUGGCGAGGUGGAGUCCGCCAAGCUCAUACGGGACAAAGUGGCAGGUACGGAACACCUUGUCCCACAAUGCACUACAGGCCACAGUUUAGGGUACGGAUUUGUUAACUAUCUUACCCCUAGCGAUGCAGAAAGAGCUAUCAAUACUCUGAAUGGACUAAGGCUACAGUCUAAAACUAUCAAGGUUUCAUAUGCGCGGCCGAGCUCUGACACCAUUAAAGACGCCAACCUGUACAUCAGUGGCCUGCCCAAGACCAUGACCCAGAAAGACGUGGAGGACAUGUUCGCUCGCUACGGACGCAUCAUCAACUCCCGGGUGCUGGUCGACCAGGCCUCGGGCCUGUCUCGGGGGGUGGCAUUCAUCCGGUUUGACAAGCGAGCAGAGGCCGAGGACGCCAUCAAAGACCUGAACGGACAGAAACCUCCCGGAUCUGCUGAGCCAAUCACAGUGAAGUUUGCUGCCAGCCCCAACCAGGCCAAGAACACUCAGCUCAUCUCUCAGCUCUACCACAACCAGGGACGACGCUUUGGAGGGCCAGUUCACCACCAGGCUCAGAGAUUCAGGUUUUCUCCGAUGUCUGUGGACCAUAUGAGCGGUAUGUCUGGGGUGAGUGUGCCGGGGAACGCCACCUCUGGCUGGUGCAUCUUCAUCUACAACCUGGGCCAGGACGCCGACGAGGGCAUCCUGUGGCAGAUGUUCGGGCCCUUCGGCGCCGUCACCAACGUCAAGGUCAUCCGCGACUUCAAUACCAACAAGUGCAAAGGCUUUGGCUUUGUUACCAUGACGAACUACGAGGAGGCGGCCAUGGCGAUCGGCAGCCUCAACGGUUACCGCCUCGGGGACAAGAUCCUACAGGUGUCGUUCAAGACCAGCAAAGGCCACAAGUAGAGAGAAAUAGUGGGGGGGAUAGAGGGAGGAGAGAAACCUCACGCCAGGCUUCUAAUAUGGAGGGUAAAUUGCCACAGUUUGACAAAACAAACUUGUUUUUAGCGUUAUCUCACUAAGCCCAUUCUCACUCUGCAUCUUUGUACUAGUCUAACAGAGAGUCUAGGCUGAGUUUGAUAUUUCUCUUGUUUUUUUUACUCAUGGUUUGGGAUGUUUCAAACGCAGUUCUCAAUGUCCAUCCUGAUAUGGUGACCAAUUUCACGAUUCAAGACUAGAUUGUUUUUCCUGUGAGACUAAACUAGUGUCACUAUGUGCCAUAUGAAUGGUAGGACCACGGUAGGGACUUGGAGAAGGAUGCACCACAUUCAUGCGUCUAGUCCCCCACUGUAGGAGGAAGCAUGCUGUCUUAGACGCUGGUUCCAGUGUAGCCUGUACCCUGUCAAGCCAUCCACUGUCUCCAGCCAUUCUAAAAGAAAAGCACUUUUUAAAUCCUUAUUGUAUAAUGUCAGCCGUUUUGACGUAAAUCAUACAUUGGUCUUCUCUCACCUUGCAGAAUCAGUUUUAUACACAGCAAGUUAGGUACUGAAUGGUACCAUUUACAUAGCAGCGCGUGUGUCCUGUUUUUGGGGGUCUUUUAAAAGUUGAAUCUCUGAGAGGCCAUGUAAAAAGGUCUGGAGAUUUUAAAGUAGGAAAGUGUUUAAGAAGGACCAAAGAAAUGGAAGGAUAAGCUCGAACUGCCCCAGGGCCCGUAUUCAAAUGCUGAUCAAGGAUCAGUUUGGCCUUGUCGAUCCUAGAUCAGCAUUCAGUCCUCUGAGAAGCUUUUGUGAAUAGGGAAGAUGCUUACCGUUAUUAUUCAUUUCCCCUCACCAGUAGUAGUUUGGACAUCUGAACAACCGGUACGAAGGCUGAAUCUAACAAAGUGGGGCAACACUGCUCUCUCAUCCAGUUUGCUGUUUUUGUAAAAAAAACUAAGUUGUCUCUAUCUUUUGAUGUUUUUCUUGAAUUUUCUUUCUGAGAGAGACUAACUUUUCUUUUUUCGUCGAAGCGUAGAUUACUGAUCGUAGAGUUGGAAGAGUUUUUAUUUAAUUUUUUAUGCUCAUCUCGAGCUAAAGAAGAAUUUAUGGCCUUUGUGAUUUAUUUUUGUUGGUAUAGAUUUGUUUUGAUUGUUUUACUUUGCAUAUGCAAUCAUUAAAUUUUAUUUAGAUUUGACUCAACAUUUUGGUUUUGUUUCUUUUAUUUCUUCAGAUUUGGUUUGGGGUUUUUCUUUGGGGUUUUCUGUUUAGAUUGUAGAAGCUACAGACACCAGACUGCUAAUAUGAUGAUACUACAGUAUGACACUACUCGCCGCACUCCCAUUGAGAUAUUACAGGAUGUUUGAAUGGUCAACAUAAGGUUUAGCUAGACUCCAAGAUGGUCUGAAGGCCAAGAGGAUGCAGUCUCCAGUAUAAAACACCUCAGACUUUGGCCUUAUUUUCAUUCAAACUUAUGUGUGAAACAUGAGGCAGAGGGCUUUCAAGGUUUCAAAGAUGGGAGUCCUCCAGUUGAGGUACUGAAACAGUCUUGUUCCAUGUUAAUAGCAUCUAGGAGUUACUGAUGAACCCAUAAGGAGUCUUCUAAUACAGGUACUGCAGGAGGCAGUUUGUCACUUAUGGACCUUCUUUGAUCUGCCUUGCGGCCAACAAACACAGUCACCCUGAGAAACUGCCAUUUAAAAAAAAUGUGCAAUAACCUAAGAGCUUGGGUAAAAAAAAGAAGCUAAACCCAGGCAUAUUCAAGUGACGUUUUUAGACUUAAAAUAAGAGGACUCUGUAAUCGGGAAGAAGACUGGCGGUUGGUUUGACAUCAAGCGAAUAUUCCUACAUCUGUUUUUAACAUAUCUUGGUUGUGCACUUUUCAUCACCAAGGCCUUUUCUAUGUAGGUUUGAGAAUGUAGUCUGUUGGAGAGAAAAUAACUGACUACAGCAUCACAACACAGGAUCCGACAACUGGCUUUAGUUAGUUUCCUGCUGCAGCAGAUCUAGGAGCAGUUUACCCUUACACGGUCCUAACCUUCACCAUAAUGGGUGACACUUGUUUUAGAAAAUUAGGGCCUUGACUCCUGGACUUUCAAUAGAGAUUCUCCAUUGAGCAUGAUUUUAUGUCCAGAAGUAGGCUUCAUCUGGGUUCUGGGAACAGCCUAGAAACCAGACUGUAUAAUUCUCUCUUCUAAAAGUAUUGUGAUCUCUUGUCUUCAGAUCUGUAAAGCCUUACUAGUUUCCACAUGUGGACAAAAAUUACCGCUCCUGUCACAGGGAUAUCCUCUAUGUAAGCCUCAAGUUAGUCACUAUUGUUUUUAAGGAGAACAUUGAAAUAUCUCACGGAACAGUCCUGAUCAGAAUGCAUGCAAUAUGUGGUGGGUCUUUAAAAAAAUUAUGGACCAGAAACGGUACUAGAGUGGUUAUUCUGAACUGGAAACAGCACUGGAGAGAGUGGUUAUUCUGAACUGGAAAUGGUACUAGAGAGAGUGGUUAUUCUGAACUGGAAAUGGUACUAGAGAGAGUGGUUAUUCUGAACUGGAAACGGUACUAGAGAGAGUGGUUAUUCUGAACUGGAAACGGUACUAGAGAGAGUGGUUAUUCUGAACUGGAAACGGUACUGGAGAGAGUGGUUAUUCUGAACUGGAAACGGUACUGGAGAGAGUGGUUAUUCUGAACUGGAAACGGUACUGGAGAGAGUGGUUAUUCUGAACUGGAAACGGUACUAGAGAGAGUGGUUAUUCUGAACUGGAAACGGUACUAGAGAGAGUGGUUAUUCUGAACUGGAAACGGUACUGGAGAGAGUGGUUAUUCUGAACUGGAAACGGUACUAGAGAGAGUGGUUAUUAUGAACUGGAAACGGUACUGGAGAGAGUGGUUAUUAUGAACUGGAAACGGUACUGGAGAGAGUGGUUAUUCUGAACUGGAAACGGUACUGGAGAGAGUGGUUAUUCUGAACUGGAAACGGUACUGGAGAGAGUGGUUAUUCUGAACUGGAAACGGUACUGGAGAGAGUGGUUAUUCUGAACUGGAAACGGUACUGGAGAGAGUGGUUAUUCUGAACUGGAAACGGUACUGGAGAGAGUGGUUAUUCUGAACUGGAAACGGUACUGGAGAGAGUGGUUAUUCUGAACUGGAAACGGUACUAGAGAGAGUGGUUAUUCUGAACUGGAAACGGUACUGGAGAGAGUGGUUAUUAUGAACUGGAAACGGUACUGGAGAGAGUGGUUAUUAUGAACCGGAAACGGUACUGGAGAGAGUGGUUAUUAUGAACCGGAAACGGCACUGGAGAGAGUGGUUAAUAUGAACCGGAAACGGUACUGGAGAGAAUGGUUAUUAUGAACCGGAAACGGCACUGGAGAGAGUGGUUAUUAUGAACCGGAAACGGCACUAGAGAGAGUGGUUAUUAUGAACCGGAAACGGCACUAGAGAGAGUGGUUAUUAUGAACCGGAAACGGUACUGGAGAGAGUGGUUAUUAUGAACCGGAAACGGUACUGGAGAGAGUGGUUAUUAUGAACCGGAAACGGUACUGGAGAGAGUGGUUAUUAUGAACCGGAAACGGUACUAGAGAGAGUGGUUAUUAUGAACCGGAAACGGUACUGGAGAGAGUGGUUAUUAUGAACGGGAAACGGCACUGGAGAGAGUGGUUAUUAUGAACGGGAAACGGUACUAGAGAGAGUGGUUAUUAUGAACUGGAAACGGUACUAGAGAGAGUGGUUAUUAUGAACUGGAAACGGUACUAGAGAGAGUGGUUAUUAUGAACCGGAAACGGCACUAGAGAGAGUGGUUAUUAUGAACCGGAAACGGUAUUAGAGAGAGUGGUUAUUAUGAACCGGAAACGGUACCGGAGAGAGUGGUUAUUAUGAACCGGAAACGGCACUGGAGAGAGAGGUUAUUAUGAACCGGAAACGGUACUGGAGAGAGUGGUUAUUAUGAACAGGAAACGAUACUGGAGAGAGAGGUUAUUAUGAACCGGAAACGGUUCACUUGCUUGACUUUGUUCUCAUCCUUUUGAUAUUAUUUUUCUAUUGAGUUCUACUAAUCAGCUCUUGCUUUGCUAGCUUCUCAGAGUGCUACUAUGUUGAAAUGCUAGUGAGGUUCCUGGAAUAACUGAAUUAUGAUUAACUGUUUUUAGCCUUAAUGUAUGUGGGAGAGAUGGAAGAACGUGGCAACAGCAGUGGAGGCACAAAGAUGUAAUUUAUUUGACUUGUAUGUAGUUUUACAUGUUUGUAAAUUCUUCGUGUUGGGAGUUUUUUUCCUUUUGACUUUUUUAAUGGAUUCAUUUUGAUUUCCUGUUUGGUUUUGGAGGAAGGCCUGUUCAGAACCUGUCUAACACACAAUUACUUUGAAUAAAAUAUCUGAAAGCUUUAUAAAGCUCAGCAGGAUCA